AGUUGUGCUUCCAAACAAAUCUCAAUAACUCAGUGAGGUUAUUGAGAAUUUUGUAUAUACAUUUUUCUUUUCCUUGUUUCCUAGAUUCUCUGCCAAAACAAACAACAACAUCUGCUUCCUCCAGAGGGAGGCUUCCACCAUCCCUUCCCUCCCUCUGUAUCCACCUUCACGGGUUGCUAAAAAACAAUGUGUCUUCAUUCUUCACUCUCAAAAGUUAUACAUCACCAUACACCAUAGAUACCUCUUAUUCCUAAACAGCAAACUCUCACACACACCCUUUAGCGUUUUUAUUUUGAGUUUCCGAGGUCGCAACAUGGCCUGCACCGAAAACAGACAGCCGAAGGUUUCUGUUUUCCUCUGUUUCUCAUUUGUGUACGUGGUCGCGGUUUUGUUUAGUUGUGAACGGGUUUCGGGGCAAACGUCUGCUGUUUUUGCCUGCGAUGUUGCCAAGAACCCGGCUUUGGCUGGUUACGGAUUCUGUGACAAGUCACUCUCGGUGGAGGACAGGGUCGCGGACUUGGUGAAGAGGUUGACAUUGCGAGAUAAAAUCGGAAACUUGGUGAAUUCUGCUGUUAACGUGAGUAGGCUUGGGAUUCCCAAGUACGAAUGGUGGUCUGAGGCGCUUCAUGGAGUGUCCAACAUUGGACCUGGGACUCGCUUUUCCAGUGUCGUGCCCGGUGCCACCAGUUUUCCCAUGCCCAUUCUCACUGCAGCUUCUUUCAACUCUUCUCUGUUUGAAGCCAUCGGAAGAGUAGUUUCAACUGAAGCCAGAGCAAUGUACAAUGUGGGGCUAGCCGGUUUGACUUAUUGGUCGCCAAACAUAAACAUAUUCAGAGAUCCGAGAUGGGGAAGAGGACAGGAGACACCGGGGGAAGACCCUUUGCUAAGUAGUAAAUAUGCAUCAGGAUACGUGAAAGGUCUUCAACAAACCGAUGAUGGAGACUCCAACAAGCUCAAGGUUGCUGCUUGUUGCAAACACUAUACAGCCUAUGAUUUGGAUAACUGGAAAGGUGUUCAGCGUUACACCUUCAAUGCUGUGGUGACACAACAAGAUUUGGAUGACACUUUCCAACCACCGUUUAAGAGCUGUGUGAUAGACGGGAAUGUUGCCAGUGUCAUGUGUUCCUACAACCAGGUUAAUGGAAAACCAACCUGCGCAGACCCUGACCUUCUCAAGGGGAUUAUCCGGGGCAAAUGGAAAUUAAACGGAUAUAUAGUAUCGGACUGUGAUUCCGUAGAAGUUCUUUUCAAAGACCAGCACUACACCAAAACUCCUGAAGAAGCUGCAGCCCAAACUAUUCUUGCAGGGUUGGAUUUGAACUGUGGAGAUUAUCUUGGCAAAUAUACAGAAGGUGCAGUGAACCAAGGGCUUGUGGAUGAAGCGGCCAUUAACAAUGCUGUCUCCAACAACUUCGCCACAUUGAUGCGUCUUGGUUUCUUUGAUGGUGAUCCAAGCAAGCAACCUUAUGGAAACCUUGGUCCGAAGGAUGUAUGCACUUCAGAGAACCGGGAGCUGGCCCGUGAAGCUGCAAGGCAAGGAAUUGUGUUGCUUAAAAAUAGUGCAGGUUCUUUGCCUCUCAAUGCCAAAGCCAUUAAAUCAUUGGGAGUGAUAGGGCCUAAUGCUAAUGCUACUAGAGUCAUGAUUGGAAACUAUGAAGGCAUUCCUUGUAGCUAUAUAUCACCCUUGCAAGCCCUGACAGCGUUAGUUCCUACGAGCUAUGCUCCUGGAUGUGCAAACGUGCAAUGUGCGAAUGCGGAGUUGGAUGAUGCCACACAAAUAGCAGCAUCUGCAGAUGCAACUGUGAUCAUAGUGGGUGCAAGUCUGGCUAUAGAGGCCGAGAGUCUUGACAGAAUCAACAUUCUUCUUCCAGGACAGCAACAACUUCUAGUGAGUCAAGUUGCAAAUGCAUCCAAGGGACCUGUGAUUCUUGUCAUCAUGUCUGGUGGGGGAAUGGAUGUGUCUUUUGCUAAAUCUAAUGAUAAAAUCACAAGCAUCCUAUGGGUUGGCUACCCUGGCGAAGCUGGUGGAGCUGCCAUAGCAGACGUGAUUUUUGGGUUUUAUAAUCCAAGUGGAAGGCUUCCCAUGACAUGGUAUCCUCAAUCAUAUGUAAACAAGGUACCAAUGACAAACAUGAACAUGAGGGCAGAUCCUGCAACAGGUUACCCUGGUAGAACAUAUAGAUUUUACAAAGGGGAAACUGUUUUCUCCUUUGGAGAUGGAAUAAGUUUCUCAAAUAUUGAUCACAACAUAGUUAAGGCACCACAGUUGGUGUCUGUUCCUCUAGCAGAGGAUCAUGAAUGUCGUUCAUCAGAAUGCAUGUCACUUGAUGUUGCUGAUGAACAUUGCCAAAACUUGGCCUUUGAUAUCCACCUUGGGGUGAAGAACAUGGGGCAAAGAAGCAGUAACCAUGUAGUUUUAUUGUUCUUUACUCCUCCUGAUGUGCAUAAUGCUCCUCAGAAACACUUGUUGGGUUUUGAGAAAGUACACUUACCAGGAAAAUCAGAAGCACAGGUUAGGUUCAAGGUAGAUGUUUGCAAGGAUUUGAGUGUGGUUGAUGAGCUUGGCAACAGGAAAGUUCCACUGGGACAACAUCUGCUUCAUGUGGGAAACUUGAAGCAUCCAUUUAUUGUGAGGGUUUGAAACAAGUCUUCAAAUCCUCUCCACUGUUUUUUUUCCCUUUUCCUCGUUGGUUUCCUUGAAAAGAUUUCUUCGAGGGGAUCAGAAAUAAGUCAUACGUAACUGUAACAAAAUUCUCAGAUUUGUAUUGUCAUAUUCAAAUCACAAAUUGAAAAAAAACCAAAAUCAAGUUUUCAUUA